AUGGGCAGCCCCGUGCCAGCCGACCCUCCGUGGCGGGCGACCUUCAUCUCGCACAUCCAGCGCAUGGAGUCCCCGACCUUUACCCUCGGCACGCUGCACCAGCCUGAUCGCGCCUCGUCGUCGUCGCAGCACGUCGUGCCCCGGGUCCGCACCGUCGUCUUUCGCGGCAUGUGGGCCGCGCUCGACGUCAAUCCCAAGAACCCUGCCGAGCGGAACCCGGACACGUUCACGUCGCACCUGCCCACCAUCACGACGGACGCCCGCAUGGACAAGGUGCCGGAGCUGGAGGAAGGGAUGGCUGCUGCACCGGGGGCCGGCGACGGGGGGCGCGGAGGAUCCCAGUCCGGCGGCGGUGGCUUCGUCGAGGGCGUCUUCUGGGCCGAGGAGGCCCGGACGCAGUGGCGCCUCCGGGGCCGAGCCUACGUGCUCGGGCCGGACAUUGACUCGGAAGCCGCGGCGCCGGUGCGGGCCGCGCUGGAGCCUCACAUGCGGCGCGUCAACGGCGGCACGGCCGGUCCGUGGAGCUGGAGCCGGGAGGUGACGGCGCACUUCGGCAACCUGAGCCCGCUGAUGCGAGGGACGUUCCGCAACCCGCCCCCGGGGACGCCGCGCAGCCAGGAGCCCGGCCGUGGUCUGGGGCUAGGCCAGCGGGUAGAGAAUGUCGAGGACGAGGUGGCGAGGCGCAACUUUCGCGUCGUGGUGAUUGUGCCCGACGAAGUCGACCGCGUGGACUUGUCGGACCCGGAAAAUGGCCGCAGGUGGAACUACAGGUUGGAGGGCGAGGGCGAGUCGGGCGAGUGGAAGGUGACGGAGCUAUGGCCAUGA